AUGGCUAGCGGUGGCUCUGGCAAGUCCACUAGCGAGGUGUCCAGCAGCGCCGUCCCCAGCAGCAGCUCGCUGCAGAGGAAGAAACUCGUCUCAAUCUGCGACCACUGCAAGAUCAAGAUGCAACUGGUGGCGGAUCUGCUCCUGCUGUCCAGCGAGACCAGGCCGGUGAACACCGAGAGCCUCUCGGUCUUCGGGGAGUCCUUCGAGAAGUGCAGGGACACGAUCAUUGCCAGGACCAAGGGGCUCUCCAUCCUGACCCACGAUGUCCAGAGCCAGCUCAACAUGGGGCGCUUCGGGGAAGUGGGGGACAGCCUGGUGGAUAUGGGGAACCUGGUGGUCUCCCUCACUGAGUGCUCUGCCCAUGCUGCCUACCUGGCUGCUGUGGAGACACCAGGGGCUCAGCCUGCUCUGCCCGGCUUGGUGGAUCGCUACAAGGUGACCAGAUGCAGGCACGAGGUGGAGCAUGGCUGUGGGAUCUUAAAAAACACCCCUUUGCCAGACAUGAGCCCUCAGCUCCUGCUGGAGGUUUCCCAGAACAUGUCCAAGAACUUGAAAUUCCUGACAGAUGCUUGUGUCUUGGCCAGUGAGAAAUCCAAGGAUAGGUUUGCCAAGGAGCAGUUCAAACUCAGCGUCAAGUGCAUGAGCACCAGCGCCUCUGCCCUCCUGGCAUGUGUCAAGGAGGUCAAGACUUCACCCAGUGAGCUGACCAGGAACCGGUGCGUCUUGUUCAGUGGACCCUUGGUGCAAUCUGUCCAUGCUCUGGUGGGCUUUGCCACUGAGCCCCAGUUUUUGGGUAAAGCUGCCACCAUUAAUCCAGAGGGCAAAGCUGUGCAAACUGCCAUUCUAGGAGGGGCCAUGAGCGUGGUAUCUGCUUGCGUGCUUCUGACCCAAUGCCUCAGGGAUAUAGCCCAACACCCAGAAAGUAGCACCAAAAUGACAGAUUACAGGGAAAGGUUGAGGAACUCGGCUUGCGCCGUCUCAGAAGGUUGCAACCUGCUAUCUCAGGCACUAAGAGAAAGAUCUUCACCCAGGACUUUACCGCCAGUGAACUCCAAUUCUGUGAAUUAACCUCCACCCCCCCGUUUAGAUCUCAGUCAUUGCUAAAGGAAAAUAAUAUCCCACCUCCCCAAGUCCUGGUUUUUGUAUACCAAAGAAUUUGCUUAGAUGAGCCCAAUCCUUUGAUUUUAUGUGGUGAGGGAACACAGCAGCAACAUACUUAAACUAUAUAUACGCAAGAAGAGGUGGUCAGAAUAAUUAGUGGCCAGUUUAGGCAUUUUUGUAAUUGAGUAAUUAUUCACAAAUAUAUUUUCCAUCAAUCAAUAAGGUCUAUAUACAAACAAAAGGUAAUCAAAAAAGCUUUAUACCUGAGGAGGUGGGGGAAUCUAAAAAGCUUUAAUCGCGCUGGGUGCGGUUUUUAAAGUUUGUCUUGUCUUGUCUUCCAAAAUUUCCCUUCUAAAUUCCACUGUUCAGUUGUGCAGGAAAAAGAAGUUACCUCAGUUUUCACGUAUAAAAACAAACCAACACCACCUAGAUGAUGGAUGUAGCUACUUUCGGGAGGGGGGAGGAGAAUGGGGAUCUAAUUUCUUUUGAAUCAAGUGUUAGGUUAGAGAAGUGCAUUUGGUGUGCAGGAGUGGAGAUUGUGAUUAUGUUUUCCAUGUGUUGAUUUCCAAACUGGGGGAAAAGCUACUGUGAGUGUUUAAACAAACAAAAAAUUACACUAUAACUAAAAUGAUUUUUAAUUUUUUUCCCAAUGUCAGUUUUUAUCUUGCAUGUACUGGAGUAUUUAUUUCAUCUAUUAAAAUGUUAUGUUUCUCA